AGUGGGUGUGACGUGGGAACCAAUAGGGUAUCGUGUACUGGAAGAACUCCUGCAAAUCGUCUAUUCUUUACUUUUCUUUGUCGAAUCACGUAGUGCAACAAUUCUACCCGGAAAUACAUACUACGACUCCAGUGUUCUGCUCGUACUAGAAGCGCUGCGCUGUACCUGCCACCAUGCCUUUAGACACUGUGCUGCUUCUUGAUACUUCGGGCUCGAUGGCUGGUCGAGGAAUGCGGGAGCUUCAGAGAGCUUGCAAGGUCUUUCUUGACGGUGUUCAAGAGACGGCAAGAGAAUCAAACUUAAAGGAGAACAUUGCAGUUGUGGAGUUUGGGGAAAAGGCAAGGGUUGUACAGAGUUUGACGAAUGAUUACAACAAGUGUCGUAGAGCUAUUGACUCUUUAAAACCAGGAGGUCGAACUCCAAUGUUUGAUGGUCUGAUGGAAUCAUUGAAGGAAAUUAUAACAAACGGUGGUGUUGUCAAAGUGUGUGGCCGACCACUCACCCCAAGAGUUAUACUAAUGACUGAUGGAUUGCCAACAGAUGAGAAGGGCGAGACUGAUGAGGCUCGUGUGAAAGUUAUUGCAGCAGCUAAAGCAUUCAGUCCAUCGGGAUGGCGUGAGUGUGGUUUGCCUCACCCAGUACCGAUUGCUUGUGUGGGAUGUGGUGACUGUGAUCCAUCACUGCUUGAUGCGAUUGCCAAAAUGACAAAAGGAAUGUUUGUCAUUGUUGAGAAUGUUGCUGAACUGAGCUCGUUUUUUAGGAAGCAGGUUUUGUUAAUCAGAUUUGCUGCCAAGUUUGCAUCAGAUCUUGAUCAGCUAAGAUCACGAAUGGCAUUGAUGGCUUUCUUCAGGGAGCUGGGAGAAGCUGUUGAAGAUGCUGAACUUGAUGGUUUGAUGCAGCUUCUUUUUGCGAUGCUUUGCUUGGAGGCCAUUGUUGAAGCUGGUGCGUCUGGAGGUGAUGAUCCGUUUAUUGAUGGACUGCCACCACAUGGUUCUCGUGUUCGACGAGGUCGAAACUGGAAAUGGGGUAGUCAGGGCAACAACAUGUGUGGAACAGUCAUUAAACAUGACAGAAGAGGAGUCGUUGAAGUGGAAUGGGACUCUGGGCAUGAAAAUCACUACAGAAUGGGAGCAGAAGGAUGUUAUGACUUGAAAAUUGUUGAUGAACCUCGAGUUGUGGCCAGUAUUGCUGAAGUGAAACCAGGAUGUAUGGUUGUAAGAGGCAGAGACUGGCAGUGGGGCACACAGGAUGGUGGACAAGGCCAAGUUGGUGUUGUAUAUCGUGUGGAGCGUAGUAGCAAGUCUGUCAGAGUUCGAUGGCCAGGUGGAACUAGAGGACAUUACAGGAAUGGAAAGGAUGGAAAAUAUGACUUGCAGUUGGCAAAUCAGUCUAUGUCUCAUACACGAAUAUCAGCUGUCAUAAAGACUGCAAGUUUUAACAUCAUGCCAUCUUUAUCUCCUCCUAAAGCACCAGUUAGUGGAUCGUCUCCACGUAAACCACCAGUGGAAGAUCAAGGAAAGUAUUGCUGGCAGUGGCAGGACAAUCAGGGCCAGUGGCGUACGUAUACAGAAGAUAACCUGAAGAAAUUGGAAGAGAUAUAUGGUCAAAAUCCAAAUGCUGUUUGCAAAAUGGUUAAUGGCAAAUUCGAAUAUAAAAUCAACUUUGAGUCAAUGAGGCAAGUAAACACUUCAACAAAUGCUUCACGACCUAUACGAAGGACACGUAUGUCUCAAGAUGAUUAUGAUCUCGCAUUGGCUAUUGAGAGGUCAUUGCAGAUUUUAUAAAUAGUCAGGGAAGUCUCAAUUGACUCUUUUUGAGCUGUAUGUUUCUUAUCCAAGGUGUAUUGUAAUGUAUUUCUAGCAACAGUUGGUUCGUUUAUGGUCUUCCUAUUUAGGACAUACAACAUAGCUCGUUUGUAGCGUUUUAGUAAUAUGGUAGACCAGUUUGAGUACAGUAGCAUAGCA